GGCCGCCGUCGCGGCUCCGCGCCGCCUGCCCUCCUCCCUCCCUCCCGCCCUCCGCUGCCGGCUGCCGGGCCCAUGGCGAGCACGUCGGCGGAGAUCAUCGCCUUCCUGCUGACCAUCUCCGGCUGGGUGCUGGUCUCCUCCACGCUGCCCACCGAUUACUGGAAGGUGUCCACCAUCGACGGCACGGUCAUCACCACCGCCACCUUCUGGGCCAACCUCUGGAAGACCUGCGUGACCGACUCCACCGGCGUCUCCAACUGCAAGGACUUCCCAUCCAUGCUGGCGCUGGACGGUUACAUCCAAGCCUGCAGAGGACUGAUGAUCUCCGCCGUAUGCCUGGGCUUCUUCGGUGCCGUUUUUGGACUGGUUGGGAUGAAGUGUACAAAAGUCGGAGGCUCCGAUCAGACUAAAGCAAAAAUAGCUUGUUUAGCUGGACUGAUUUUCAUACUUUCUGGGCUGUGCUCUAUGACUAGUUGUUCCCUGUAUGCAAACAGGAUUACGUCUGAGUUCUUUGAUCCUUCUUUUGUUGCACAAAAGUACGAAUUAGGAGCAGCUUUGUUCAUUGGAUGGGCUGGAGCUUCACUCUGCAUAAUUGGUGGCAGUAUAUUCUGCUUCUCAAUAGCUGAAAACAGUAAUUCUCCAAGGAGGGGGUAUGCAUAUAAUGGAGCCACAUCUGUGAUAUCUUCGCGUAUGAAGGUCCACAACAGUGUCCCAGACAAAACCCCACCAAAGCACUUUGACAAGAACGCUUAUGUUUAAUUGUACUGUUGGAAGAGUCAAAGCGUUUUAAAAAUGUGUUUGUACGUUUCAUUCAGCGUGAUUUCCCCCCUCAACCCCAAUGUACUUACCACUAAGACAAUGACUUUUUAAAACAUUAACUUGCAGCUUUUUACAUAUUGAUGUAAAUUUUAUUAUAUAAUAUUUUAAGAUUGAUAUUGUAAAGUUUAUACCUGAAAAUCAUGAGCUGAUGUUGCUUUCU